UCGAGCGCAGCGUCAGUCCGUCGUCGUGUCUCUUUUCACCAUUUUUUAAUUUCUGACAGUUGAAUUUCGACAGAUUUCUGAAUCUGAACACAUCGAUCCGAACGCUAAUUAUCAAUCACGCUCGCGCGCUGCUGCGGUGGAAUGCCAAUAACGCUCCGCGCGCUCCUCAACGGACACGGACGGAGAUCACGCGCAGAGUCCCGAUUUAACGAUUCUGUGAUCCAGAAAAAGGCGUCAGAGGAAGCAUACACCAUCAGAUUAUCUGGGUUGGAUAUUUUUAUGCUCUCUCCUUCAGUCGGUGGAGUCUGAAGCGAGUUUUAAUCAUGACGGCCACUAAAGAGCAGCAGAACCAGAGAGCGAAUCCGCAGGACGAGGAUCUGGGUGGCAUGAGUCCUCCUCAGAGGAACUGGAAGGGGAUUGCUAUCGCUCUACUGGUCAUACUGGUGGUCUGUUCUCUCAUCACCAUGUCUGUGAUCCUGCUGACUCCAGCGGACACGCUGCCCGGUAGUGACACCAAACUGACGGUGGAGGAUCUUUUCAGCAGCGAUUUCCACGUGCAUGACCCUGAAGCGCGCUGGAUCAACGAAUCUGAAGUUAUCUACAGAAAUCACAACGGACACGUGAUCUGGUCUAACAUCCUCACAAACGAAACAGAGAUUGUGCUGAAAAACACCACGUUUGAUGCAUUUAAAGCCACCAGAUACUCCAUCAGCCCCGACAUGAAGUAUGUGCUUUUUGCCUACAAUGUCAAACAGGUUUACCGGCAUUCAUUCACUGCGUCCUACAUUAUUUACAACAUUCACACCAGGGAAGUUUGGGAGUUGGAUCCUCCAGAAGUGUUGAACUCUAAACUUCAGCACGCUGCGUGGGGCGUUCAGGGGAAUCAGCUGGUGUAUAUAUUUGAGAAUAAUAUUUAUUAUCAGUCAGACGUGAGGAGUAACUCUCUCAGACUGACAUCAUCAGGGAAGGAGGGUGUGGUCUAUAACGGCAUUGCUGAUUGGCUCUAUGAAGAGGAGGUCCUACACACUCAUGUAGCGCACUGGUGGUCACCUGACGGGGAGCGUUUGGCAUUUCUGGUCCUGAAUGAUAGUAUGGUGCCAAACAUGGUGUUGCCCACUUUCACCGGCUCUACUUACCCAAAGGGCAGACAGUACCCAUACCCGAAGGCAGGGCAGCCCAAUCCAAUGGUGAAACUGUAUGUAGUGAAUUUGUAUGGACCGACACACACUCUAGAACUCACACCACCUGACGAACUCAAACUCAGGGAGCACUAUGUAGUGAUGGUGAAGUGGAUCAGUAAGACUAAAACAGCAGUGCGCUGGUUAAACAGACUUCAAAACACCUCUGUUCUCACUGUGUGUGACUCCACCACUGGAGCCUGUGUCAAGAGGCAUGAGGAAACGUCCGAGGUUUGGCUGUCCAGACAGAACCAGGAACCGUUCUUCUCACGAGACAGCAGCCGAUUCUUCCUGACAGUUCCAGUGAAGCAGGGUGGACGAGGAGACUUUCACCAUGUGGCCAUGUUCACCUCUCAGGUGCGUACGGAUCAGAAUGAGGUGCGUCAUCUAACAUCAGGUAACUGGGAAGUUACAGAGAUUCUGGCGUACGAUGAGAACGCCCAGAGCAUAUAUUUCCUGAGUACUGAAGGUUCGCCCAGACAAAGACAUCUCUACAGCGUUUCAACAGUGGGGUUGUUUCCACGGCGAUGUCUGACCUGUGAGCUCAAUAAAGCUCACUGCACAUUCUUCAGUGCCGUUUUCAGCCCCUCAAAUCAACAUGUCAUACUGCACUGCAAAGGUCCUGGAGCCCCAACAGUGAUCAUGCACACAUUAAAUACGGCCAAUUAUUAUAUCCUGGAGAAUAACUCUCUGCUCAAAGCUGCUCUCAGAUACAAGAGAAUCCAGCUGACAGAGUUUAGAAGCAUCCAGACGGAUCACUUUGAGCUUCCGCUGAAGAUCAAUUAUCCACCUGAUUUCUCUGAGUCCCGCCAGUACGCCCUACUGUUGAUGAUUGACAGCGCCCCCGGUGGCCAGCAGGUGAACGAGCGGUACUCAGUGGACUGGGACUCUGUGUUGGUCAGCUCUGAUAAUGUCAUUACGGCUCAUCUGGACGGAAGAGGAAGUGGAUUCCAGGGCCAGAAGAUUCUACAGGAAGUGCACAAGCGUCUGGGAGCGUUCGAGGUCCAGGAUCAGCUCGCUGCUGUCGAGUACCUGCUGAAACUGCCUUACAUCGACCGCAACAGGAUCGGUGUGUUUGGUCAGGCUUAUGGAGGUUAUGUGGCACUUCAGCUCAUUAAAUCUUCUGAGAAUGUGUUUAAUUGUGCCGCAGCUCUGUCACCUGUGACGGACUGGAGUUUAUAUGCCUCAGCUUUCUCUGAGCGUUAUCUGGGGUUUCCUCUUCAGGACGACAGCAGAUAUCAGUUUUCUAGCGUGCUGCAGAAUCCGCAGGGCUUCAGAGAGCAGACGCUCAUGCUGCUGCAUGCCACUGCAGAUGCAAACGUUCAUUUUCAGCACACAGCUGAACUCAUCAAGAACCUGGUGAAGGUCGGAGCAAACUACACCCUACAGAUUUAUCCAGAUGAGGGUCACUUCCUGUCUAAGAGCAGCAAGCGGCACCUGGCGGCAACACUGAGCAGCUACUUCAGAUCCUGUCUGCAGGAGGAAAUGCUUCCCAUAAGUGAGGAAGAGGAAGAGGAAGAAGAGUAGAGUGAAGAUGACAUGCAGCACACAAACACACACCACAAUACACACACAAUGGGACAAGAAACACACUGGAUGUCAAGACAAACAAGUAUAAUCAGAACCAUUAUACACACACACACACACGUACUGAUACCUUCCACUCUGAGAGAGAGAGAGAGAGAGAGAGAGAGAGUACAUGUAUAUAUGCAUGUAUGUAACAGUUAUGAUGGAUGUGCAUUAGAGUGCGUGAGUGUGUGUGUGUUUGGUCAGUGGAUUAGUGUUGCUGGAAAUGGAUUUGAUCAGCAAGACAAACGUGAAAUAUUUCACAUAUCAAAAAUCCCUGAGAACUCCCACUGGACUCUUCUUUGAUUGGCUCAUGUGUCAGCCAAUCACAGCACAGAGUGCUCCAGUCAGCCACUGCAUGGUAUUUUGCUUUGCUUCACUUUCUGUCUGUCAGUAUAUGUUGUAGCAUUCAGGCGGAGUGCUGCAGUCCUAUAGUUACUUCACAGGAAAGGCUUAUCGUCUCCAUAACAACCAUUCGCUGGGAAGAGCUGUAUUCCGUCCGUCGAAACCUCACGGUUCUGCUUGAAGUCUGUCAGGUGUCAGAAACACACACGUGCACGAUACUGACUGAUAAGAAAAGAACAUUCUGGGUGCUGUACAGAAGAGUGUGUGUAAACGUAUAUUUUUACGCUCAUCAGAUCUCAUGUCAGCUUAGAGAUGAUCACAGGAUGAAACCAGUCACUGAAUGUUUUUGAUUAGUUUAUUUGUCUCAGGGGGGCUUUUAUAAUGCUUAUUGUUUAGUUUUGCUGUGGGGUGGGUGGGGGUUGGAUUGAUAGUUAUUGUCCUCUAGUUAUGACAAUUACCACUAUAAAUAAACAACUUCUCAA